AUGUGUGGAAUCGGGCCAAGCGAACAAAAAACGAGAAGAAUUGUCAAUUUUCUUCCCACCGAUGCGGAUUCGGAUGAUGAGUUUGUCAAAGGAUUGCCGUACCCAUACGAGGAAGCUUGCAAAGAAAUAGUUCGACGUCGAAAAUCUUACGAGUCAGCCGACAAGCUCAUUCGUCAUGCAAUUCAUGCGGCAUUGCAACUUCUUCGAACUUAUCACUUUGACCAACAGAAUGGGAUUCUCGUAAAUUGCAAGAAACGAUCGGAAUGCUCCACUCAUCUGACAGGAAGCAGUACAAAUCGAAGCUCGGAGUUGAAGAUACCGAUAGCUAGGAGGCAAAGAUAUACAUAA